UUUCGCCGUUAGUUUACACAGACACAGCGCGCCGAUCAAGUCUGUCCUCGUUUAUUUUGGGGGGCCGGCCUCAGGUGUUCCAGUUUCAGGUGUGAGAACAGGAUGAUCUUGUUAAAGUUCCCUGAGUAAAUUUUAGCUAACUGUGGAGAAAUUUGUAAGGUUUAUUGGGACAGAGGGAAGUUGCGACACUUGUAUUUCUCAUCCCGACCUCAUCGGCCUGAGUUGACAACAGUGUAUUCUCGACCGCUAUUGUCUCCCGCUCUGUCCAAUCAGAGGAGAGCUGGAAGGGAAGAGAGACUCGGCCAGCCAUCCGUUGCGGGAGGGAGGACCGCGGUACGUCGGCUAGCUUCUCGCUACAGCCUACAGGCAAGCAGGCUGCCUCUCCCCACACCAACCAAUCUCACUUCACUGUAUGACUGACACAGCUAAGGACAAGGGCGACUCUGCCGGAUCGAUUUUCGGUUCGCCUUUCACUCGCUACGGACUACCUGAUUUCGAACUUCAUAUUAAAUUGUGUGUUUUUGUAAAAGUGAAUUUAAAUUGGAAUUCGGAGGCACGUGUUUUAUUUACCGAUUCAAGCCAGGAUGGUGUCUAGCUACCCACGUGUACCCGAGAGUAGGGGGGACUAGCGGAGCUCGAUGUGGGUACCACCCGCCCCCCACAGAGCGUGUCCGGCCAUAGCUGCAGGGUGCGAUACCCCACCCCCCGGGACCGAUUCCCCACCCCCUCGGCCCGCCUGCAAACUCUACUGCCUUCAGACGGGUUAGCGGGAGACCAGUGUGGAUACCUCUAUAACAGGACUUCUUGUGUUUGUGUUUUAAAUGGAUAUCUUGUGUUGUUUUCAUCGAUUUUUUGGGAUACGAGCACAUGAUUGGAAAACAACUUUACUAAUCAAGGCUCAUUUUUUAUGAGACAAGUGAGAUUUUUUAAGGAGUUAGAAUCUCUUGUGUAAAACCUUUCAGUGUGUAAAAAAAAGUGUUUUUGUCCAUCCGAUUUCAACUUGUUGUGUUGGAUAGUGGGAUUUGUGUGGUUGGCUCGACAGUGUUUGGGCUUAUUUUAAACACCAGUUACUCGUGAAAGUGGAUUUCUAUUCAAUAUUCCGAUGGAAGGCAAGUUGUGUACCCCAGGUGUGUGAAUGUGACACUUAGAAUGGAAGCGAGCGUCCAAUUCGCCCAGGGUGUUGGCAAAGUAUGAGGACAGGCGCUGUUUCCUGGGAAUUUAGCCCAUGCAGGUUGUUGCCGUUGCUGCUCAUCAUACUCUUGAGUAUCCUAGGCGUUAACGCAGUUCAUGGUUCCUCAAACACCAAACAGGAAUUCUUCAAAAUAGAUAGGCAGGUAGCGCAGAACCCCGGCAGCGAGACUCACAGCCUGGAGUAUCAGCUGUACAACAGGUGUAGCAAAGGAUACGUCCAGAUUAAAAGGACACGUGCCAAAAAAAAGGGCAAUCGGAUCCAGAUUCUUGCCAAGGGAGGGCGACAAAAGAGUAUUACAACCCACUUGAUAUUCGAGUCUCGAGCCGGAGGUGAUAUCUAUAUCAAGAGCCCUCAGACGAAGAAAUACAUCUGUUUUAAUAAAAGAGGAAAACUUAUACUACGGCAUACACAGAAACCGCAAUGUUUGUUCACGCAAGUAGAACGCUCGGACAACUACACAGAGCUCAGGUCCAAGGCAAACGAAGAAUGGUACAUUGGGUUUCGAGAAAACGGAAAGCGGUUAAAAGGCUAUGCCAGAAGAAACCGGAGAAAAGAAAAGUGUUUUCACUUUUUGGUAAUAAAUUUGACUCCAACACCACCAAAACAUUGGAAAAUAAAAGGAUUUUUGAAUCGAAGGAGGCGAAGUUGAUAUUAUAGCCAAAGUGUCUAGAUUUCACGGCAAGAAUACCUUACCGGAAAACCCGCUUCACUGCGGUUACCGGAAGUGCGAAUGUUAGCACGCAAUGCGGGGCCCCAUCAGCUCCGCUAUUGUUGGGCUAGGGCAGUUGGGAUAGCUGCAAAAGAACCGGAUGAGUAGUGCAAUUUCGUCCACGACUGGAACGACAGUCGUCUUGAAACCACAACCACAAGCGUCCAUGGCAACGUAACCUAGCAACAGCAUCACUAGGAUCCACGUGGUCUUUCCUGCCUUGCAUAUAGUGAGAACCAAUCUUGUUGGUGUCCCAUGACGUCACAUUCGUCAUCGUAUCUACGUGACGUCACAAUCGUCAUCGUGUCUUCGUGACGUCACAAUUGUCAUCGUGUGUACGUGACGUCACAAUCGUGUCUACGUGACGUCAACAGUGUGAUAGAAGUACGGACACACAUUUCAGUGACGACAGCAGUGCGAUAAGAAAACGGACACACAUUUCGGUGACGUCAUAAUCAGGGAAUUUUGGUAGCGUCUGCCAGUGUCGUCGCAAUCCCAGACUAUUUGAACCACGUAGACUCGGGAAGCAGGCGUUCAGACUCGCCUAGUGAAUGUAGCAAUGGGCUAAAUCAGACGCUGUUAAGUCACGUGAUCAGUGUCCACUGUCGCAUGUAGAUAUAUACCAGUUAUCCAGACUACAACACCACUGUAUAGAUAUGUAAUGUAGACAACUCGAACAACAUAGCAUCUACUGUAACGUCGCCCUUUCCCAUUACAUCACGUGACUGAGCGACAGGUCCGCAGUGCACCACGUGAUGAUCACGUGGUCAUAAUAUCUGUGGAGCCGGUCUCAGCUCACGUCAUACAUGUGACACGGUCAACUGCAUUUGAUUCCAAAUUUAAAUCAAUAUCAUGAGUAUUAUAUCCUAUAAAGUAAUGUAGCUCACUAACCCAAGUCAAUGAGAGCUACCCACUCGGAUGGGCGGUGGGGUAGCCCAGUGGUUGAAGCGUUCGCUCGUUACGCCGACAACCCGGGUUCGAUUCCCCACAUGGGUACAAUAUGUGAAGCCUAUUCUUGGUGUCCCCCGCCGUGAUAUUGCUGGAAUAUUGCUUGAAGCGGCGUAAAACCAUACUCACUCACCCACUCUGAUGAGCGAUGCGAGCGAGCUAUGACUGUAUAUCUCGUGAGAUUAUGAAAGCUUCACCAUCUGAUGUCAUUGUUAUCUUCAUCCUAUCACCCAUUGUUGUCAUCCAUCACCAUAGCAACCUGUAGACCAUGAUCAAGUUAGCUCUUACCCCUGUCAGGCCAGUACGCCCCCCCAACCCCUAUUUUCUCGCCCUAUUUCACUCCUUGACAAACGCUUCCAAUGGUUCGAAUGGUGCUACUUUGUGUUUAUGCUGUUUCUCCCUAUUGUUUUGUUCGUCGAACCUUCUGAUUUUUCUCCCACGCAGCAUCUUAUGGGGUGGGGCCGGUUAGUGAACACCUCAGGUCACAUGUACUUAAAAAAUAUGCUUUAAUUUGAAAAAGUUUCUUUUGGCGUAUAUCUUUGUUCACUGACCAUCACAGAAUGUGCAAUGUCCGUGCACCCUCGUCUUGUACAGGUCAACAUGUCCAUCCAUGGACUGAAUCCCCUGUGAAGAUAAUACCUUCAUGCCAGUUGUGUAGGGGCCGAGUGAGGACAAUGGUAUUCCUCUUGACAAAUAACAACAGUGAUAUUAAAGCUCAAAUUGGAAACGUGCUUGUGACAAAGGCAUUCGGAGUGUCACGGUGUGGACAUUGGACAGUCCAGAGAUGGUCAGCUUGCUUGGAUUGCCACUAAUCCAUCUGCUGUAGCGCUAUAGCGAAGACAAAGUAGUACCUUAAGCAGUAAUCAAACUGCGGCGAGAUCCUGGUAAAUACCUGGGACGCCCACCUCCGGACAUCUCUCCCCAUCUGUGCCACAAACCACGCCGACGCCAUCCCAGCUGCUGCUUUCACACCUCAGUCUCUACUCCCUUACUCAAACACGUCCUCCGUUCCUCAGACUUGUCCAGCAAACUUAGACUGAAUGCCAGUAUAGCAAGUUUCGUCACCCGUCUAGUUUACGCUCUGCAAACUGCCUGUAUCAUUUUAACCCACCGUCAGUCCAAGCGUUAAAAUUGACGUUUUAGAGUAAACCUAGUUUCAAAUGUUAUUGAGAAUUUAAAAAGUGAUAUGGACUUUUUGCGUUGCAAACCUGCCCCUGACUAUUCCCACCUUCCCGUUAUAAGGCGCAUAAUCACCCUGUUUAGGGCAUAAUUAUGAUGAUGUGAUACGUGGUCGCUGUCAACGGCAUGACGUAACACCGGCGUCUACAGUGUCCUCGUGUCGGGGAUCUAUUGAUGUAAUAUGUUCUCGUGUCCUCGACCCGCUACAUACAGUUUGUACAGUUUUCAUCAAUCAUCUGAUCUCGUAUGCAAAUCUCUGUGUACAUAUGUGUAAAUCGUAUUGCUGUAUAAGCCAAAGAUAUAUUUAUUUAAAGAGAUGUUGUAAAUACUACAAUCUCUGUCCCGUGUUAUUUAUGCACCUAGUUGUGCUAGAUACGUCAACAAGAUAACAAUAAAAAAUCUUAAACAUG